CCCCGGUGAAAAGCGCGCUGCCUCGCGGGGUGGCGGGACGGCGUCGGCAUCCGACGGCGGGAAAAUUAUGUCAACAAUAUGGCGGUCAACAAGGCUUUCAAGGCUUCAAUAUGUUCAGCAUCGGAAUAUAAAUGUGUUAUCUGCUUGCAACUUCUCAUAGAACCUGUUGUUUUGCCAUGUAAACAUGAAAUGUGUAAACCUUGCUUUCGUAAAAAUGUGGAAGAAGCGAAUUUUGUAUGUCCUAUGUGUAGAAAACGUAUUGCAAGUUGGGCUCGGAAGUGCAUCAGAGAAGGAACGCUAGUUGAUCAAAAUAGAUGGAAUCUUAUACAGAAGCUCUUUCCUAAGAAAUGUUUAAAGAGACUACAGGGUGACGAUGAUGACAGUGAAGACGAAGGUAUGUAUAGUAGUUUGGUGCAGCAGCGUUGUGUUUAAUGUAAAUAAUCAUGAAAGAUUUUUUAAUAGUUUAUACUAGAAGUUAUAAUCGCAAGGGUAAGUGCUGUCAUAUGACCAUAUCAGGCCAAUAUUUGUUGCAUAUUAGUUUCUCAUGGACUUUUCCCUAAGUUAAUGCAGGUGGGAAGCCAUUACCACCAGGCUGCAUUCCACACACUACAUGCCAGAGAUCUCCGGCACGAGGUUACAAAAUUUGUUGGUGUAUUGAUGUGAGAUUACUCAAAGUCUUGGUAUAUUGGCCGUAUGAUUACUUUACAGUCUUAAAAGCACAGAGGAUUGUCCAUUUUGACAUUGGGUUUUAGUCCCCCAAAGUAAAAUGUUUUGAUAAAUUGGUGUGAUCAAGGGCAAAUGUUGGCGUAUUUCCAGCACGGUUUCUGAUGCAAUAUUAAAAUGUAAAGCGAUGUGUUGCUACUUUGGUAAAACAAAUCGGCCAAAUUUGGUUUGUGAAGUUCUAAUUGUCUUUUUUGUAUUAUAAUGGUUGAAAAUGACAAUAAUGGCCAUCGAGGCGGUUUCCUAAGAAACAUAUGGGCGGGGUAUGAUUACAUGGAAAAAUUUGUAGGCUGACCUUUCAGUCAAUUGUUUAAACUCUUGGAAUCCCUUGUCAGAUAAAUUUCUUGGCAGUGAGAGAAACACAAAAACUAAACAGUCCAAAAUAACUUUCAUCACAAAACAAAACUAGAAUUGAUUAGAAAAAUAUUUUGUAGGUCCAAACAAACAUGCCUAAAGGUUUUGAAAAUAACUGGCCUACAAUUUUUGAAAAUAAUUGUAGGCCAGAAAAUGUUCUCAAUUUACACCCUAAGGCAUGGACACUGUAUUUAUAAAGAUUGCAACAUGAUAAGGUACAUUGACAAAUGGAUUUUGUCUUGCUUCAUGGAUUUGUUAUGUGAUUGUGUUGACUUAACCCUUUAAGUGGCAAUGCCCCCUACUUUACUAUUUUACUCUGUCUAAUGCCGCCACUCAAUGGGUUAAAGAUAAUUUCAUGACCCUAGUGACACAGGGUUAUCCUAGUAAACUAGUUAUCCUGGUUUAUUGUGUUUGCAAAUUUACAUGUGUGCUUGGAUGAUGCUAGUGGUGGUUAUCACUUAGAUAACACUAAUUCUGUCCUGUAAGACAUUCUACCAAUGGACACACAGUACAGCAUUCACAAUGUUUCAAAGUUGUGCUUAUAUUAGUAACUGUUCUUGUUACUUGCGGUUCAGAAAUACCGCAAUGGUUCACAAAGUUCAGUUCUGAAAUACUUUAAACAGUUUAAAGAUGAAAAUUUAAGUGUGGUGGGCUCAUCUGACAUGCGAAGGACAUGCACAAUAUAAUAUGGCUGCCAUGUUGUUGUUAGCCGGAAUUCAAGUGGGGAGAAUGGCUAUGUUGUUGUAAUAAAUAUAAUAUUUUGUUUACAGUAUCUUGUUUCUUUGAAUUGUAUUCCUAUUGCAGUUAUGUAUCCACUAGGGUCAGACGGUUAA